CACUCAGCUGGUCAAGCUGGCCACUCAAGCCACUGACUUCUGAACGCUCUCUACUGUACGCCGACGACAUCAUGGCCACCGCUCAGUACAGGAUGCUGUAUCGUAACGUCGUUAGAGAGCUCGCGAAAGGGUCAAUCUCCCCAAGGGCCAACAGAAAUAAAGUAAUUUCUUCCGCCUUCCGAACAAUGUUUGAGCGACGCCUCAGAGAACCGGACGCGCACAGAAGCUUUGAAUACGAUAUGGACAACGCUGUCACUUUCCUGCGGUCACAGCGGACGUACAAAGCUUUGCUCGAGCGAUACAACCCACUGGUCGAUCUCACAGCGGAGGAGAGGAUCGAGGCUACCGCUCGUCGCGUUGGACUUAAUAUGCCAAAAACUCCGAAAUCUGAGGAUGAGAAAUGAGACUCCGCAUUGUCCUCCAAGUUGUCAGCCGACUACUGGUCCUCGUUCAUCUUCCCUCUGCUUCUCUGUGAUGCUGCAUCUAUCGGUGUACUGUGAUCCAUUGCACUGGACUUGCCCCGCAUAGAGUGACAAUAACACCGCUCACCGUGUUGUGGCCGAACCCCGGAUUCUCUUUUGUUCGCCCUAAUGCGGGGUGCUGCAAGACUUCCUGUGCGUCAUGCUGCUACAGUACUAUGACCCAGAUGAAUCCCACGACUGUAACAUCCAGAUAGAUAUUGCUGUUGUUGCAUGUUAUGCAGAUCAGUCAUGUGAUGUAAUGCGCUA